CCGCUUCAUCGAGGCAGCGUCUUCGCCUGCGGCGUGGCUGUGGCUUCCCGGUGCCGUCCCCGUUCUCACCCCGGACGGGCGCAGAGAUCCGGGACCCGGGGCGGCUCGGACGGUCCCCCGCGACGCCGCCCCAGCCGCCAGAGAAGGCGUUUGCGUGAUAUCCUGAGACAGGAUGGGAAAGGGCUGCAGGGUUGUGGUUUGUGGCUUGCUAUCUGUGGGGAAAACAGCAAUUUUGGAGCAGCUCCUUUAUGGGAAUCAUACUAUUGGAAUGGAAGAUUGUGAAACAAUGGAAGAUGUGUAUAUGGCUUCAGUGGAAACGGAUCGGGGAGUAAAGGAACAGUUACAUCUUUAUGAUACCAGAGGCCUACAGGAAGGUGUGGAGCUGCCAAAGCAUUAUUUUUCAUUUGCUGAUGGCUUUGUUCUUGUGUACAGUGUGAAUAACCUUGAAUCCUUUCAAAGAGUGGAGCUUCUGAAAAAAGAAAUUGAUAAAUUCAAAGACAAAAAAGAGGUAGCAAUUGUUGUAUUAGGAAACAAAAUCGACCUUUCUGAGCAGAGGCAAGUGGACGCUGAAGUGGCACAGCAAUGGGCAAAAAGUGAGAAAGUGCGACUGUGGGAGGUAACAGUUACAGAUCGGAAAACUCUGAUUGAACCAUUCACUCUGUUAGCCAGCAAACUUUCCCAGCCCCAGAGCAAAUCGAGCUUUCCUUUGCCUGGGAGGAAAAACAAAGGGAACUCUAACUCUGAGAACUAAAAAUCAGUAAUGCCACAAUUGUUUCUUAAAUAGUGAUUGCCUUUAAGUGUCUGUGAACAUAUUUAAAAUAGGCCAUUCGUAUCUAUCUUUGGUCCUUAGGAAACCCCUAAGGAAGUAAUUUAAUACACUUUAGGUUAUAAUUAAAUUAUUUGGGCUGAGUUUAUUAUUAUUGCCUGAUAUGAAAUGAGAUAAUAUAUUUGCAUUCUCAUUGUUUGAAACUUGUCCCUGAAAUUAGCACCUUUGUUAUUUAUACUUGUUGGACUUGUCAAAGCAGUAAAAAUAAAGUUGGGCUAGUAUGCAAAUGUACCUAUGAGUAGCUUCCCCCUGGUUUAACUUGUUUCACAAGUUAUUAUUCUCUGUAACUUUAUGCAAACUUCUUAGCUCAAACAUAACUUAAAGUUUAUUAAUCAUCUCAUGUUUAGGAUUAUAAAAUGACAUUUUUUGUAUGUCCAAGUUAGAUCACAAACUAACAAUUUGGAUACUAAGUAAGCUGAAUUUUAUCUUGUGGAGAUCUUGCUAAAUGGAACAAAACCUGUGGUUUAACUUUGUUCAAAUUAUAUGUUUAGCAUGACUUGAGCCUGUAGCUGGUGUAAAUACGUUCAAACUGUUUCUUCUUUAGAAAAUUGCUAAGCACUUAAGGACAGUAAAGCUUCCAUUUUCCACAAGGAAUCCUAUACCUUCUGGAAUAGUUUUCUGGAUACGUAGUUAUGUGGAAUAAAAAAUGUAUCAUAAAAA